AUGAACGCUGAAGAAGAGGAUGAUGGUUUACUGGUAAGAUGUGCGGCCUACAACGACCUCGGCAAGAGUGAGACCAGCAACGCACUGACCAUCAUCCGCUGUCCAGUCAAAGGCUCGACGAGCUGCUUUGACAUCUCUCAUGGUGAACCUUCUUACUUGUGGAUAGGCAUCGGUGGAUUAGCGAUGACGUCUUUCGCUGAACUUCUCAUCAUCUGCUUCCUGUGUAAUGAACUUAUAAACAUAAAUACAUUUUUUCCUGUGCAACGCAGGAGGGACGGUCUACUUCUUCGUCGUCAUUUUUACUUGAUUUACUCCAGGAAAAUGGCUGCAAUGGCGUUGGUUGUUCUUUGUUCAUUGACCUUUUCUGAGGCUGCCCUCUUUCAGGAUGAACCUGUAAAUCGAACCGCCGAGGUCGGGGGCCGGUUGACAUUUAGAUGCGCCUUUAAUCAAGAACACGACUGUGCCUUUUCACAUUGGGUAUAUUCGAGAUCCCAAUGCACUGAGGGACAUUUUAAAGUUAUUGGAACUUGCCGCUCCUUGUCUGAUCAUUUCGAAGAUACAAGCAGGUUGGCCCUGUCGUUUGAUCCCAGAGUCUCCCAACUGCAGAUCAACGAUGUACAACCAGGUGAUACAGGGUACUACACUUGCUGGGACUCUCUUGAAGAUGAGUAUUCAAGAUGUGGAUAUUUGAAAGUAGUCGACCCGCCCACUCCAUUGUGCACGUUGUUAUCAUCAGGUGUUGAAGUUGCAGAAUCCGUCACAUUGAAGUGUCAAGUCCCGGAGAACGCUCUCGCCCGUACCAAGCUGACAUGGCACCCACAGACAUCCCACUCAAUCCGCAGUCUGAAGGUAAAUUCCGGAGAAUCGUACACCGUUCAGCGUGUUGUUCAAGAAUCAGACAUUUUCAAAGGGUUCACCUGUAUUGCUGGCAAUGACAUCAAUAAUGGUCCGAACUGUACAGUGUAUCCCUUUGGCGUGGACAUGGUCACUGUACCACCCUUCAAACAAGAUAUUCCACGAAUACUCAGUGCAACAACCCUGCAGUUGGAAUGCAUGACCGACGCAGUCCCAUUGCCCACGCACUACUCCUGGUCGGUAAAAGAAGCUGCUUUUCCGAACGGCACGCUACCCGAAUGGACAGAAGUGACAACGCACGAUAGAUAUCAGAUGACCGAUGAUCACAAGACGUUUCUGGUCGUCAAUCCUGCUAAACGUGACGAUGGCUUGCAGGUAAGAUGUACAGCGUCCAGUUACUUGCGUGAGAGCGAGACGAGUGAGGCAGUGACCAUCGUCCGUUGCCCCGACGGACAUCUUGUGGCGGACAGCAGCAACUCAGGUUGUGAGAUCCCCCCUGAACCACCUUAUGUGUGGACUGCAGGCGUCGGUGUGUUGGCAAUCACUGCUGUGGUGGAAUUUGUGAUCAUCUGCGUCUUAUGUACGAGGAAGAGGGCACCUGAAGUCAAUCAAGACGGCAGGAGAACUCUCGAACAAAGGAAUGGUGACCCUCCUCCAUGGAAUAUCUACGAGACGUCAGAUCAGCAGAACUUUCCCAAUCAAGAAGGUAUCGCCCUUUCGCAGUACAUGGAGAUGAGAGCUGUCCCGUAGUAAGACGUUACCAGCAGCACCUUCGUGAUGAUAUUUUGAGGUGUUUCCGUCACUCUCUUUGGUAUUGGUUCGGUGAUUCAGAAACUGCAUUGUGUUAAUUUAGCAACGGACUUCUUGAUAAUCUAUAUCAUGAGACUGACCUUUGAGUGCAGUCCUCGACAUAACUGUUAAUUAUUCUUACAACUGUAAAGAAAUUUAAGGAUGUGUCACAAACACAAUUAUCGAAACGUUUAUUUGUUGAAAUGUUUACUGAAGGAAUACCUUAUUCAAAAACGGAAUUUCCGGGGGAUGGAGACUUUUUUUGGGAUUUGAAAUUUUUCAUGUAACAUUUUAUGGCCUUUAUGAGGGAGGACGAUCUUGGGGGGCAUUUUAGAUCUAUUUUGAAGGCAGGAAAGUGAAUCAUACCUUAAAAUUGCAUUUAUCUUAUUUUUAAAAAACUUAGCACCCACUCCAUCCACCCCCGUUUUAUGCGUCACAAAAGCCAUUAGGGUUAGUGAACAGGUUUCCAGAUGUAUUAUGCAUUCGAUCCGACCUGAGGCAAAAACACUCGGAAACAACAUCAAAAAUAAUUUCAAUUUCGUGUCUAAAUCUUGUAACCGCUCAGCUGGUUAGAAUUUCACGCUACAGAAACUGUUCAAAUUGUUUUCUUGUACAAAGGUAGAUGAAAGUUGUGUAUCAGUUAAAUUAAGAAGGUCAAGGUCACUUUUACGGAAAGAAAGGAAAGUGCAGGACAUCUAUCAUAAAUCAAAGAAAGAAAAUGUUGUACUGCAUGUUUGCACUGUUUUAGUCGUUUCUUUAGGUUUGUCUUACAGGAACACAGUGAAUUGCACAAUGAUGGUACACUUUAGAUGUCUAUAUUUUACAACGUUCCCUCCAUUUUGACAAGUAUUCAGUUAGCCUUUGAUGAAAACAAACAGCCAUCAUCGAAUCCAUUGCUUAUGUAAGAAGACAUGUAGAGUGGCAUACCCCGGACAAAAUGGAAAGCAUUAUGGUUGGUGCACAGGCUGGGGGUAUCCCAGUCGUUUAAAUUGGCCGUCUUUGUCAAAGCGGUCUUUGUGAAAUCAGGAAAACAGCAGUUUAUCUGAAACCAGAUAACAAAGAAGUUGAAAAUGAAAGUGGAAUUAUUUGCGGUUAUAAUGACACUUUUCUGCGGCAAAUUACCAGCAGCUAUGAUCGAUUGUUGCUUAUUAUUCGAUAUCAGCAAGGGAAAUGGUGGAUAUUGUUUUUGACGUUCUUUCUCUUAUAGCUUUCUCGCUAUGCUGUUUUCUCAGUCAAACCAGAAAAUCAGGCCGUUGCAUUUAAUAAUUGAUAAAUAUGCAAAUUCCCUUUGCGUCGUGUAGAAACAAUGAAAUAGUUUGUAGAUGAAUCCCUCAAGACGAGGCAUUGAAUAUUUUGCCUCCUACUUGUUAUGAAAGGAGCCUUCACUUCAACAAAAUGGAAAUGUGUGGCUUUGAUUUUUGGAAAAAAAGACAAGUUCAAGAUUGGCAGUUGUUGGGUGACGGUGAUUUUGUGUAUACAGUUGUUCUAUUUCAUUUUGACAUGUUGAAAUAUAUUUUAAAGGUAAGAAAAUAAUCUUGUAAUGAAACUGGAAGUGCAUUUGUAGCUGGUACGUCACAGGUUGUGAAUGUUACUUGACGUGUCAAAACCACAGCAUAUCCUUUGACUGUUAUUUCCAUUUCAUUUCAUCAAGCAAAAUGGCAGCCUUUACAUUCGUUGUUUGUCU